AGCGGCCUUUUUGUCACUUACCCGUCGGACCACCUUUCUGCUGACACGGGACCAAUUAUCUAGGAGACUGCGACUGGGCGCACGAGACAGGAGACAGGAGACGACACCAUGGCUGCCCACCCCAAUACGGGACCGGUCGUCGUUCACGAAGCCGUUGCGCCGCCAGCCGCCGCCGAAAGCAGAGCAGUCGACGACGAGGAUGCGCCCGCCCCCGACCAGGACGAGGACGAGCAGGACAAUGGCGACAUGUGGGACUCGGCCUCGCUGUACGAAGAGAUUCUAGACGAGGUCGAGGCAUUCGAGUACUCCAACGACGGCAUGGAAACAUGUACCGCUGACGAGGCGCGCCGACUGCGCCAGCGACUUCACGACGUGGGCGCGAGCCAGUUUGUCAUGGAGAACAUCACCAGCGAGAAGAUGACGGCGCGCAAACUGUGUACCGCAUUUGGCGUCAGGAUCCCCAAGUUCCUGCACGACGCACCCGACGAACACUUCUACCAGCUGCUGGGCCUAGCAAUCAACCGCGAGCUGAAUAAGCGGCCGCGCCUGGAGAAGUACAAGACCAUCGACGACGCUGCGACGCUGCUGCGAGAGCGCAAGAAUAUCAUGGUCAUCACUGGCGCGGGCAUCUCCACCAGCCUCGGCAUACCCGACUUUCGCUCCAAGAACACGGGCUUCUACUCGCGACUGCUGCAGAUGGGCUACGACGAGCCAGAGCAAGUCUUUGACAUUCACAACUUUGACCAAGACCCGCGAACCUUCUACGCCCUCGCCGGCGACAUCAUACCCGACCUCGAAAAGUGGACGCCGACGCACGAGUUCAUACGCUUGCUGCAGGACAAGGACAAGCUGCUCACCAACUACACACAGAAUAUUGACAAUGUCGAGGCACACGCUGGCAUACGCAAGGAGAAGCUGAUUCAAUGUCACGGCUCAUGGGCAAUGGCCACUUGCCGAAAGUGCAAGUACAAGGUGCCAGGCGAAGACAUCUUCGACUCUGUCCGCGCACAAAUACCCGCAGAGUGUAAGCGCUGUGCCGAGGAAAUUGCCGCACAACAACCAGGCAAGAAGCGAAAGCGAGCCUCAAAUGGCAGUGGCAGUAGGAAGAAGCGCUCGAGCGACGAAGACUCCGAGUCUGACGGCGCUUAUGACAUCCCACAGCCAGGCAUCAUGAAGCCAGACAUUACCUUCUUUGGCGAAGCGCUCCCCAACGACUUCUUCGAUCGGCUCAAAGAUGUCGACAAAGACAAGGUGGACCUCGUUAUUGUCAUGGGCACGAGCAUGAAGGUCGCUCCUGUUUCCGAGAUCCCCAACUUUCUACCCCGCGACGUACCGCAGAUCUACAUUUCGCGCGAUCCUAUCCACCACAUCAACUUCGAUAUCAACCUCCUUGGUGAUUGCGAUCUUGUUGUAGCCGAGCUCGCACGCCGCGCAGGUUGGGAUCUAAAGCACAAGAUGAUGCCAGAGGGUCAACAGGCCGACAUUGGGAUCAUUGAUGAUGAAGAGCAUACUUAUAGCGUGAAGGUUAGAGGCCCUGUGCAGACCACCACAAACGGGGUGACGAGCGAGGCCAAGAUCGAGCAUUCAUGAGCAUCACGAAUCGGCGUUUGAGUGUAUACAAGGCGUUUUGGAAGACUUUGCGAGAGAUGUUCAUAUGGGUUAUGGCGAUAUUGCGACGGCACGCAUAGUUGGUGUUGCGUCAUGAGGCGUCAGGCAUAGGGGUCGCGACACAGGCAUGCACGGAUGGAUCAUGGAUGAUGGAGGAGAUGAAUGAUACCUUGGGCUGUUGGUCGGCUGUGGACAGUCUUUGCUUUUACACAAGUGCGGAUGCACAAAUAGAUUUGAUUCCCAA